CUCCGAGCCACCCCUUUUGAACAUCAACCCCGACAACCGAGUGUCAAAUUUUGACGGCCAACAACUAGUACCAUCGAACAACGAUCUCGAAUAUUAUUGACUGAGAAGAAGGUCCUGCUUCACUAAUCAUGGUGGACCAAGCGGAGCGCCCUUUCCGGAUCAUUGUCGUGGGUGGUGGAGUGGCUGGAAUAGUUGCUUCUAACGCCCUUCAGAGGCUCGGUGUCGACCAUGUUGUUCUCGAGAAGUAUUCCGACAUUGCACCUCCUCUUGGUGCAGGUAUCUCUAUGUGGCCACAUGGCCUUCGUGUUCUACAUCAACUAGGCUACCUUCCUGCAAUCCAAAAGGCCUCUGUCCCAAUUUCCCGGUUUUGCUCUCGAGAUCCAUCUGGAAGACUGAUUCACGACAAUCUUUUGUAUACUCACGUCGAAAAGAACCAUGGAAUUGGAUUUUAUCCCUUAGAACGACAAAACUUCUUACAAAUUCUCUACGACGGACUACCAGACAAAUCAUUCAUCAGGACGAACGCCGGAGUCGAAGAUGUAGCGCAAUUCGCGGACCGAGUUGAAGUUAAGCUCAAGGAUGGCAGUGUUGAAGUUGGGGACAUGGUGCUUGGCUGCGAUGGUGUCCACAGCCACAUGAGGACCUUGAUGUGGCAACACGCCGGGAAAACUUCCCCUGGCUUGAUACCAAACACAGAGAAGACUUCCCUUAAAACAUCCUGGAAGACUCUGGCAAUGACAACGCCACCCAUGCCUGAGCUUGGCGAUAGCUACCUUACUGUGACCUACAACAGUGGAAUCACAUUCCUCGCAACAUCCCAGCCACACGCUGUUUACUUUUUUGUCAUUUUUGCUCUCGACAAGCCCUUCACCUGGCCUCACCGUGAACGCCACACGGAGGAGGAAGCUCAGCUCCUGGCCGAGACUAUCAUGGAUAAACCCGUCACUGAAGAGUUGCUUUUCGGAGAAGUUUGGAGACGCCGUACUCGAGCCGUUGUCAUCUCUCUUGAGGAAUGCGUGAUGGAUCACUGGCACCACGGCAGAAUUGUGCUAGCCGGUGAUGCUGUCCACAAAGUUCAUCCAAACAUGGCUCUGGGUGGAAACUCUGCCAUCGAGGGAGUGACUCGAGUGAUUAACAAUAUCCACAACAUUAUGCAGACUACCAAGGGACCGAAACCAAGCGGGACAGCUUUGAGUCAUGCAUUUGCGGCGUAUGAAAAGGAGAUGAAGCAGCGAAUGAGAGAGCUCAUGGAUAUCAGCAACAUGGUCGCCAAGAUGCAUACAUAUGCCACGCCAGUUCACAAGCUUUUGGCCAACUGGAUUCUUCCCAUUGCCAAUGAUAGGCUCUUUGCGGAUCACAUGGGUGGAUACCUUUCUGCAGGUCCAAAGCUCAACUUUUUGCCCUCCAUCGGCUUUACGAAUGGAUUGAUGGAAUGGAAAGUGAAGCCAGACGACUAUGAUGAAAAGAAGAGUCUUAACAACGAGAUUCGAAUCACGACUACGAUCUCCGAAUUAUCCAUUAGCGCAUAAAAUGCUUUAGCAGUUUAGUUGACAACUGCUCUACGGAAAGAUUAACUGGAAUCGCGAUCCACCGGAGCUGCACUAUAGAGAAAGAAGACGUUAGUGCUAGAAGGAAAGUUUCUACUGAUGAAUUUGAGAUGAGCAGCGUUUUUGCCAUGAUAAUGUGUACAGGAGUUGGAUGAGUUGAAUUUGUUAAUGCAUUUACUAUCUUGUUGGUACCAAGUUUCCUUUUCUUAGAGUAGAGAAUGAUGGAGGCCAUGAGGUUGAUUAAAGAGAAAAAAGAUGAAUUAUCAAGAAGCUUAAUUUCACGUUUAUGUCAAGC